UAUAUAUAUUAUAUAUAUAUAUAUAUAUAAUAUAUAUUUGUGUGGAUGUGUGGAUGUAUGUGAAUACUUAUAUUAUAUAUACAUAGAAAUAUUUUUUAAAAACAUCGACAACAAAUCAUAUAUGGAUGAGACUGCAGCUGGUCAAUAUGGAUGCUGUGGACUGUCAGCGCUCACCUAUUUGUCAUUCACCAGGUCCUUUGAUAAAGGUCUUUGAUUUUCCUGGGGUCCAUGACUCUCCAAAGAGAAUGUCCUGCCUAAUAAGUUGGAAACGAUGUCGAGAAUGUACCUUCACUGACCAAUCAUCAGAUGAGGACAGUGACCCCAAUUUCCAACUAGAAGACAAGCUAAUGGUCCCCAGCAACAAAACAUCAAUCACAGUCAACAAUAUUCAGGACAUAAGACUCGCUUCAUCGUGUUCCUUUGCUAACACUUGACACUAACAGCUCUAAACGAAUUUCGGAUAAAGACCCUCCUCCCUCCUUCUCUUUGCCUCCAUACAAUUUACAAAUGAUUGAAUUCAUUGAUUGAUUGAUUAAUUGAUUGAUCGAUUGAUUGUCACUCAAACAAU